AUGGCCUGUACCGAAUGUCGGCAACAGAAGAUCCGGUGUGACCGGCUUGAUACUUUCCCAGAGCCGUGCUCCCGCUGUCGUCGGGUUGGUGUCCAAUGUGUCUAUUCAAAGGAAUUCAGGCGACAACGACGUCCCACGAAGACAGAGCUGCAGAACCAGCUGGACACUUUGCGCAAGCAGUUGUAUCUGUCCUCCAGCAAUAGCUCUCCCUCGGCCCAAGGUCAUGAAGUGGCUGUCCCUCCAGUCGUCAGUCCCACCCCUCCAGCUGCUACACCACAAUUAUACCUUGCGCCGAUCCAAGGACAGGAGUCAACCAGCAUCAUCGCUCCAACACCUCCAUCGACAUCGCUCCCGCCUCCCCUCGACCAUGAGCCUGCCAGAAAUCUGCCUACAGUUUCCACCCGGAGCUCCCAGACACUACCUCGGAGUCUCGAUGAACUGCAAAUCACGGCGCGGGACAUCGACAACUGCUUCGCCAUAUUCAAACGUCAUUGCAUGGCUUACGUGCCCAUGGUCGAGACCCUCUUGACUCCCAAUGAAUGCCAUCAACAGUCGCCCCUCCUGUUCUGGACAAUCAUCGCGGUCGGGUCUCGAAAAUACAGCGAGAAUCCAACACUGAUCAUCCUGCUUGGUCCUAAAGUCUCCAAGUUGGCCAAGCUGGCCUUGUUUGCGCAGGAACCUGUGCUUCUGACCAUACAGGCGUUCCUGCUGUUGUGCUCCUGGCCAAUGCCCUUUGAAGCAUUGAGCAAUGAUAUUACCCCAGUCCUCGCUGGAGCGGUGUUGCAACUGGCAACCACCAUCGGUCUGCACGUCUCGGGCGUGGGACAAGAGUUUGCACGCACCAAAGUGAAUCAGGAUCUCACCUACCGCAUGGCACGUGGCAGGCUGUGGGCUGCAUGUGUAGUUGUCUCGCAAAGGGUAAUUACAGUCAAUGGGACACCUCCCUUGGUGAUUCCCGACACGUAUGGCGACGACUCUCAGGAGUUGAGUACCUUCAUGACGCCGAGUUUCCAGUUCCAGAAGAAGGUUAGCGAAUACCUCAGCAUGACUAUUCUGUACAUCCAGAAUCACGCGCUGUACAAGCCAGCAGACGAGUUGGACCUUGCGCUUAGUCCCAUCAUUCACUCAGCUACCGAUCGACUGGUCCAACUAGAAUCAGAUGCGCCAGAGCGCAUAGAUCGGUUUCAUGCCAUGUCUGCGCGGCUUCAUCUCCUAAGUUUUCACUUAUUCAAACACCGAUCCGCGAUUGAAGACUCCACCCUAUUUGUAAUGUACGAGCUUGCUUGCAGGACGAUCGAGCUCGCUAUGGAGCUAGAUUCAGAGCUCAGCAUGGCCGAAUACGGCCCCAUGUAUAUCACCAAGUUCCUGCACAGCGCAGUGAUCACCAUUCUCCGGGUGGGGAGAGCUGCGGUCGCUCAACAGCUGGAUCUGGAGCGAGGGCAACGGAACUAUUUUGCUGUGAUUAAUUACCACAAGAGACACGCCGUGCGCCCAGACGACGCGUUUGCUCGGUUCAGUAUCAUUCUCACCCAGUUGUGGACCAGCAGAAAGGUCUUUCAGUACUCGAACGGCCUCGUGGACAGUCUUAGGGUCAGAAGCAAAGCCCGCCUUGGGAUGAGCAUGGUUUACGACUGCUUCUGGUGGUGGCGGCAGGAAUUUGGUGGCCAGAGCAAUGUAUACGGAGACAACCAUGGGGACGAAAACCCCAACCAUAUCCUCGAUGACUUUGCUCCUAGCUUGGACAGCGACCAACUAGACCUGGUCGACUUGAACCUGACCCCGAUUCCAGACCUACAGUGGCCCGUGUUCGACAAGUUUUUUACCGAAAAUUGGCCUAGUCUAGAUUUAGAUAUGAGCAUAUAG